AUUAGCUGGGCCUUAGGACCAUGGAUUCUCUAUUGAUCCUUUUUUCUUUUUCCAGGCUAGCAGAAAAGCCGGGACACGAAGUAAAACUGCUGCUAAGCGGGCACAGAGAGGUUCAUCCAAUGUCUUUUCAAUGUUCGAGCAGUCACAGAUCCAAGAGUUUAAGGAGGCAUUUAGCUGCAUUGACCAGAAUCGAGAUGGAAUUAUCAGCAAAUCUGAUUUGAAGGAGACAUACAGUCAACUCGGCAAAAUGAAUGUGAAGGAUGAAGAGCUGGAAGAGAUGCUGAAGGAAGGGAAAGGACCAAUUAACUUCACUGUCUUCUUAACACUCUUUGGGGAGAAACUGAAUGGUACUGAUCCAGAGGAAUCCAUCCUUGCUGCCUUCAAACUCUUUGACCCAAAUGGAACUGGCUUAGUCAACAAAGAGGAGUUUAAACAACUUCUGAUAACUCAAGCUGACAAGUUUUCUCUCGAGGAGGUAGAGCAAAUGUUUUCUCUUGCUCCCAUGGAUGUAGCUGGAAAUAUUGACUACAAAUCUUUGUGUUAUAUCAUCACACAUGGAGAUGAGAAGGAAGACUGA